AGAUGCAGCGACUGUGUGUGUACGUGCUGAUCUUGGCGCUGGCUCUGGCCACCUCCUCUGAAGCUUCUUGGAGGCCCCGCUCCCAGAUGCAGGAGGCACCCUCAGGUCCAGGGGCAAACAGGGGCCUGGAGCCACACUGGCUGGACCGGCUGGGUGCAGCCUCUCACCAGCGAAGGCAGCUAGGGCUCCAGGGUCCCCCACAGCUGGUGGCAGACCUGUCCAAGAAGCAGGGACCAUGGGUGGAGGAAGAAGAAGCAGCUUACGGAUGGAUGGACUUCGGCCGCCGCAGUGCUGAGGAAGGGGACCAGCGUCCCUAGAACAGAGCUUCAGAGCCCAGCCAUCUCCCAGCCCAGCCCAGCCCGGCCCCAUGAAAAACCACUCAAAAUAAACUAGCUUCCAAUGGAUC